ACCACAACAAGUGUUGAUCACAAGUCCAUAUUUGUUUUACUCCAACUCCAAAGUGAAAGAGAGAAAGAGAGAGAGAGAAACGUCAUGGCAACGAAGUCAGUUUCCACCUUCGCCAUCUUUAUCAUCCUCGUUCUGGUUAUCUUUGGAAUAUCUAAAAUAGAAGCACAGGAUAGCGAGUGCCUGAAAGAAUAUGGUGUUGAUGAUGAUGGUGAUGAUGUUGGUUUUCGCUUCUGUGCGCCUAGGAUAUUUCCGACGCUUUGUUAUAGAAGAUGCCAAAAGGACAAGGGGGCUAAGGGUGGAAAAUGCCUUUGGGACGAAGAGGGCAGCGGUAAUGUGAAAUGCUUAUGCGACUUCUGCAGCGAGGAGCCUUUUAAUCAGUUUAUAAGUCCUACUUGAAUCUUGCAUGUGUCGUGGUUUGUGUAAUGAGCAAUUGCUAAUGAUCCAAGAAAUAAUGUAACAAUGAAUAAGUUAAAAUAAAGAAAACGCUAGGCUUUGCUUGUGUUACUAUUAUUAAAUAA